AUGUCGCUCGCUUCUGCCUCGCCGAGGAGGGCCUCACUCGACUCUGAAAUUAUCCAUAUAUCAACCUCGCCUGCGCUGCCCAUCUCGCCUCGCCUGCGCUCAUCCCGCACCAACAGCCGCCACCACCACCACCAGCCCAUGCAACCGCCCGCCACGGCCGCCAGCGCUUUGCCACCUGCCCGGUCCUCGUCGCCGCGACACCACGCCCACGUCUCCUCGGCUCCUUUACACACAAACACGAGUCUGCCGCCUAAUCUCAGCAAUCCUCUCACGCCGAAUCGACGCCCGCCCCGACGACGAAACUCGCCCUCGCAGCAGCGGCGUGCCGUGCAUCACCCUUCCACCGCCACGGCGUCAUCUGAUUUUGCACCAGGUAGCAGCCCUGUUGCCACGCCAUACGCCGUGACGGACGAAACCUUUAUCAAUGAGCUCAUGCGUGAAGAAUUCUCUUCCCCCUCGACAUAUCCAUCCUUCAGGAACCCGCCACCGCCACGUUUCGACGACGGCAUUUACCAAGACGACACAUAUCCCGACUCUCACGCCGCAGCUACCACCACACAAACCAGCGACUGCAUGGGCCCUUCAAACGACGCAACGGCCGCCCACGUGCCUGAUUCGCCCUCCCAGCAGCUCCAAGCAGGCCCCUCUGCAAAUACCACGCAAGACACCGACUUUUCCCUUCUCGAGACGCAGCAUUCACCCAUCUUCCACGACCUGAUCGACGACGACCAAGGUGCCACCGAAACGGCAGCAACAUCAUUCUCUGAAAGCAUGCCGGCGACGCUGGGACGCGGGCAUUCGGAUAUUCUCCCGCCGCCUAAGAGGCAGCGUGACAGCCAAACCGAGCGUCUGUUGCAAACAAAACAAGAACCUGUCAUCAAGCCACUUGCCCCGGGGGAAGAUUUGUUUGGAGAGUUACCAGAAGCGCUGGCUGUGCACAAGGACGACAUUGCCGACGAGGACCUCACAACGAUUGAUCUGACAGACGCCACCGAGGUUCCUGCCGAGCUGAGGAAACCCAUCAUCGACAACCGUAUUAAGAUUGGCGCGUUUCAGUGCGCUAUCUGUAUGGACGACGUGACUGGCCUGACAGUCACUUAUUGCGGGCAUCUUUUUUGUGCAGAUUGCCUACACCACUCCCUGGACGUCGAGUCGACCAAGGGAAAAUGCCCCAUGUGCCGGUCCAAGAUUGACAUGAAACCUCGCGAGUCCUACACCAUCAAGACAAAGGGCUUCUGGCCUCUUGAACUUAAGCUCAUGACGACGACGAGAAAAGGAAAGCGAAAAGCUGAGGACAUUUCAAAAUAG